AUGAGGCUCCUUCUGGCCGCAGCCCUGCUGCUGUCGGCGGCCUCGUACUUCGUCUACCUGCCGCUGCCGAGCGGAGUCUGUGAGCCCUGGAAGCUGAUGCUGCUGGACGCGCUGUUCCGGAGCGUCAUACAGGCGAGCGACGUGGCUCACUCCCUGGGCCUGUGCCACCACGUCCACCUGCUGAACCGGGUGGUGUCCUGGGUGGAGGACACCGAGGCCCGCUCCUGCCCCGCCGUGCACGUGAGCGACUCCACGCUGGGCGGCGUCCCCGCCCGGGUCUUCCGGGCGAAGGGCGGGGCGGAGCUGAAGAGAGGAAUCAUAUAUUUCCACGGAGGGGGGUGGGCCCUCUGCAGCGGACGGAUGCGAUCCUAUGACCUUCUUUGCCGGAAAAUGGCCGAGGACCUGGACGCUGUCGUCAUGUCUGUGGAUUACCGUCUGGCCCCGGAGGCGGUGUUCCCAGAUCAGUACCACGAUGCGCUGGCGGCGGCGCGGGACUUCCUGUCGGCCGAGGUUUUAAAACGCCACGGCAUCGACCCGGAGAGAGUGUGCGUGUCUGGAGACAGCGCGGGGGGGAACCUGGCCGCCGCUGUGGCUCAGGAGCUCGGGUCAGACGACAGCCUGACCACCAGGUUCAAGGCCCAGGCGCUGAUCUACCCGGUUCUUCAGGCCCUGGACUUCCACACCUCGUCCUACCAGCAGAACCAGGCCGUGCCCAUCCUCUACCGGCCCAUCAUGGCUCGUUUCUGGCUGCAGUACCUCGGCGCCGACUCCUCCCUGGUGCCCCUCCUGCUCGCCAACAACCACAGCUCCCUGGACCAGCCGGCCAUCGGCGCCGACACCCGCUCCAAACUGAACUGGACCUCUCUGCUGCCGGGCGAGCGCAGGAAGCACUACCGGCCGCUGGUCAGGGACACGGGAUCCCCGGGGCUGCUGGGGGAGCUGCCGGCGCUGAUGGACGUGAGGGCGGCGCCGCUGCUGGCAGAGCAGAGGGUUCUGGGUCGGGCGCCCAAAGCCUACGUGAUGACGUGUGAGUUCGACGUGCUGCGGGACGACGGGCUCAUGUACGUGAAGCGGCUGCAGGACGCCGGCGUCCCGGUGACCAGCGACCACUACGAGGACGGCUUCCACGGCUGCAUGGUGUUCGCCUACCGGCCCAUGGUGUCCAGCGUGGGCCGGAGGAGCAUGAACAACUACAUCCGCUGGCUGGACCAGAACCUUUAGACCAAUCAGGACGCGUGGAACCAAAGGACCCUGGAGCAGGAGCUCAGACUGUUUCCUGUGAGAUGUGAAGUUCAACAACAUGAAACUCAGUCAACCACUCAGAAUCCAAAGCUCACGUUCGAGACGCUGCAAUGUGAGGAUGAUCGUUUCCCAACUUGAGAUAUGAUUCAUAACUUUAGCCACUUGCAGUCGAAUCAGCCUCGAAAACUACAGAUUUUGCACGUUUUAAAAAAAUAGCUUCGACCGGAGAUGUUACAGUGGAGGCAGAAGAAGCAGCUGAUUUGAGUUCAUCUCCAAAAACUUUAUAUCGUUGAUAAUUCACUUUAAAUUCUGAAAAAUACCGCCUCCUGCUGUUCAUGUGCUUAACUGCAUCAUGUGGACGUGCAGACGCGGAUUAAAAUCACUGGACCUGUAGAUCAGAAGUUUAAUAAACCACAAAUUAAAUGCACUGAUUCAUAAAACCCCAAAAAAUCUGAUUUAACCAAAGAACAUGCUUUUAGGAAAUGUUGAUUUAUUUAAAGAACAAAAACCAGGGAUUUAUGAUUUAAGUCCAAAAGGUCUUAUAAUGAUUAUUAUUAAUAAUAAUACCAAUAAUACUAAUGAUGAUAAUAAUUAGAAUUUGUGAAACAAUAGAAACUAACUACUGAUUGUAAACUGUGACAGUACUUCCUGUGGCAUUCCAAAAUGUGAGCUAAGAGAAAAUAAUUAAUGUUUAGAAUUAUCUUGAUUUCACUUUUUUAUUUCGAUUAUCUCAACAGUUUUAUCAGAAACACAAAGUAUGUUGUGUAGAAAGUUGUAUUUAAAACUUCAAUAAUGCAAAAGUCGGAGUUUACCACUAUAUUAUUUAACUAUUUACUGUUUGAUAUUUCAUAUCAGGGACAAUCAGCAGCUCAUCUACUUUCACUGAGUUGUCUUUACCCGCUGUAAACCGAGACCUCAGUCGACAGCGUUUAGAAAACAAAUACAUUUAAAUUCAAAUUUCUCAUAAACAAAAGUUUCUUUCAGUAAAAACGGUUAAAAAAAUAUAAAUAUCAGAUUAGCAAACUACCUAACAAGCUCCUACUCGUCCUGGUUUAACGAUCAUAGAGGAAUGAAGAUGGUUUUAUUCUUUUAUGAUUCACUGAGACACUGAAACAAUCCUGUGUGUGUGUGUGUGUGUGUGUGUGUGUGUGUGUGUGUGUGUGUGUGUGUGUGUGUGUGUGUGUGUGUGUGUGUGUGUGUGUGUGUGUGUGUGUGUGUGUGUGUGUGUGUGUGUGUGUGUGUGUGUGUGUGUGUGUGGUAAAAGUGUGCGUUCACAGCUGUGUAUACUCACUGGAUUGUGCAUUAAUGUGUAUUUGGAAGCUUUCAAACGUUUCUCGGUGCCGUAAUUUUAAUGGCAUGUGUGAAAUUGUGUGUAAAAUGGUUUUAUAUAUUGGAUAAAUAAGAUUUUAUUAUACGUCUGGGUUUUGCCACAGGUCGUCUCGGCCAAGUUAAAACACAAAAACGGCCCCAGAUGUGCUCCAGCCGCACAAAUCCAUCCCAUAAAGAAGCCGAUUUGUUGGUGGCGGUGUCGACUGGUGCGUCGGGACACUUCUCAUUUUCUUUAUGUUUUAUUCUUUUCCACAAUGUUCUGCACGUUCAUCACCAUGUGUUUGUCUGAACCAUGCGCUGGUGGAACUCUGGAAUCGAACAAUAUCUAAAUCUUUAAAAUUGAUUUUAGACUUGAAGAAAAGACGCGACAGGUGAUUUAGUCACAAUAAGAAAAGAAAAUAUAUUGAAAUCUAUUUUUUUCUGUUAUCUACAUUCCUAGAAGAUCUUGUGUGUUAAUUGUGCGACACUGAAUAUUGAAUAUUUGUGAGAAAUGAGGGGAAAUAUUAUCAUAUUGAUUCAUGUUUUGUUUUCCGGUGACACUUUAUUUCAAACAUUUCUUUAAAUGUAUUUGUAAGAAACUAAGAUGGCGUUUUAUCAAGUGUUUAUUAAUGAUGAGUAUUUGUCAGCAAAUAUAACUUGAAAAUAUAUAUACUUUAUAUUAUUAUCUUUUAAAACAUAAUCUGUUUAUACAGCAGCUUUCAUAUAUGUGAACCCGUUGCUUAUAAUAACAUUACCCAAUUUAAGAAUUACUUAAAUUGGUGACAUGCAAAUUAGUGAUUAAAGUUAUAUUAAAACAUUUAAUAACUGAUUUUAAAAACUGUUAAUUUGUGUGGCACCGAUUGAAGUAUUUUUUAAGUUGGUCAGCAUUUGCUCAUAGUACAUUUUAAUAUUUUGAGUUUCACUGUAUAUUUAACAUCUGUAGGUUUAUGUCAGUUUAACAAAACUAGUUUCAUUUCAAAAACUAUUUCCUCACAGAGAAGAAAUCUUAAUAAUCAACAGCGAAAAUUGUAAACGUUGAAAAGUUCGUUCUCCGGACGUCUUGAGGGAAAAAAUCCUUCAUAUUGAAAUAAAGAAAUUGUUGCAGCCUUCAGAUAUAAUUUCACAUUUAUAUAAUUAAUAUGAAAACGAUGUGAAUAUGAAUUCCACUCAGCAGCGUUUUACAAGCUGACGUGAUGAAUUCAUAAACAGGCACAUGUGGUUUAUCAGCAGUAAACACGGAACUUCACAUACGAUGAAUCACGACGUGGCUCUCAGACCCUUCACAUGUGAAAUAUAAUAUUUUAUGUGUACGUCACACGUGUGCGUUGGGAACAGUUUGACGACCGGCAGAUGCCAGCGUGGUUAUUAAAACUAAAAUGUUGUGUUAUGGUUGAUGGUGAACGAUUCCUCACAUCUCCUCUUUAGUUUUUAUGUUUGGUUUUAAUAUUGUUUUGUUUUUGUGAAACUCGACAAUCGAGAGUUGGUUCAGUUCGCUGGUCGACUCCAGAUGUGUUUGUUCUGUGAUUUGUAAAAUUAUAAAAAAAACUCACACAGUCGAAAUCAUUGCAAUUAAAUUCCUCUUGUGAUGAUUAUUAAACUGUGAUUUAAUAUUGUUUAUGGGGAACGUUUUAAUUUGAAUCACUCAGCUACUGUAUCUGCACACAAUGUAAAAUAUGACUUGAGAUUUAUUUAUGAAAACAUUGAUUGUAGUUGAGUUUUUUUUCUUGUUUUCAAAAAUCACUUUUUGUUCCGAUUUUUUUUACAGAAAUAAAAAUAAUUCAUUACCCGAACAAACUGUGAUGAUGUUAUUUUGUGAUAAAUAAUAAAAAACAGUUUAUCAA